AUGAACGAAAUUGAUUCUCGACCGGUUAGCCGGACGAACAAAGCGACUGACGAUGCAACCGUGGAAGUUGGCGUCACUGCGAACAGUAACAACGGCCAGACGGCAUCCUCCCCAAGUGCCAACGGCACUGAACGAACCGUACGAUUUUCGGUUGGUAACGAAGCGGAUCGACGUGGCCAGUCAAGUGAAACUGAGGAGCACACAACUGCGUUCAAUUUCAAAAGCUGGAGGUCAGUUAAAGGCAGACCAUUGCCUCAUGUGUUAAUAAGGUUGCGCAUUAGAUUCCAUUUGAGUUUCGGGAUAAAUACUUCGCAGAUGUCUGGAUCUGGAAGUAAAUAUAAACGUUACCCUAUCUAA